AAUAAAAUUUUUUGAAUGUCUUUUGACUUGAUUCAACUCAAUUUUUUUGUUUUUCUACAAUUUGACUACUCAUCUCAUCUCAUAGCUGCAGCCACCAAACAGUUAUGCAACAUGAGUUCUGUACCAGAAGUUGAGCAUUUUGCCGAUACGCUCAUAAGUCUAAAGCGUAAAGUAGAACAGACACCAACAAAUACUGUAGAAGAGAAACAAGAAGCUAAACGAAUAUGCACAGAAACAGAACGCGUCAAAAGGAAAAAAGUGGCUCUAGUUUUAGCCUAUUCCGGACAAGGAUAUCUGGGAUUGCAGAGGAAUCCGAACCAAAAGACAAUAGAAGAAGACUUACUGGUAGCUUUGAAAAAGGCCAAUGCAAUCAAUGACGAAAUUUUCAAGCAACCUCAGCUAAUACAAUUCCAAAGAGCAGCCAGAACUGAUAAAGGCGUUUCAGCGUUACGCCAGGUCAUCUCUUUGAAAUUACCCGAAGAAUUGAAAGUGGAAGAUAUCAACUCUCAUUUGCCGGAUCAGAUCCGAGUGAUAGCUAUGAGGCGAGUGACGAAGGGCUUCAACUCCAAGUCAUCGUGUGACGGCCGCACCUACUCCUACAUGCUCCCCACCUUCGCCCUUGCCCCCCUUGACGUCACACCCACCAUCGACUAUCGAAUCUCGAAGGAAACACUCGACAAGGUCAACCACAUCAUCGCACAGUUCAAGGGCACACACAAUUUUCACAAUUUCACCUCAAAAAAAAAGCCGUGGGACCCGUCGGCAAUGCGUUACAUGGUGAGUCUGCACUGCUCGGAGCCGGCCGUGUGUGACGGCAUGGAGUUCACGACCAUCUACAUCCGCGGCCAGAGCUUCAUGUUGCAUCAGAUCAGAAAGAUGGUCGGCCUCACCAUCGCCAUUGCCCGGGGCAUGACACCGCUCGACACCAUCACCAAAGCCUACGACGCCGAGAAGCUUGAUCUGCCCGUUGCGCCAGGCCUGGGGCUUGUGCUCGAAGAACCUCAUUACGAGCGGUACAACGCGCGCUACGGCAGCGACGGCAUUCACGAGCCGCUGGACUGGACGCCGUUCAAGGCGGACUUCGACAAGUUCAAAGCGAACUACAUUCUGCCGUCAAUUGUCGCCACCGAACUGCAACAGCGCUCCAUGCUGGAAUGGCUGGACACCCUGUCUAUGCACACUUUCGAUGUGCGCACUGUGCAUAUGCACGACGCGGAGGAUGAGGAAGAGGAGGAGGACGAUGAGGACGAGGAGGACGAAGCUGUGAAGAGGAGCAGGGUUGCCAACGUGCCGCCGCGAAUGAUGGGUGGGUUGGCAGCACUGGAGGAGGCGGCCAAGAUUGUCGAGGCCGGAACUGUCGACUUGGACACACUGGCGCGCGUCGCCUCCGAUGCCAAGGACAACAACAAGGCCGAAACUGAUGCCCAGCAAAACACUGCCAAAACUAUUAGUACGUAGAGUGGUUAGAAACAGUACAGAAACCGUUAUUAGGUAAAGGACAUGAAGUGGUUAAAAACAGUACAGAAACUAUUAGUAAGUAAAGGACAUGAAGUGGUAGAGCAAGUGGCUGAAUGCUUGAACAUUUUUCAAAAUUAUUGCUAAAUAAAGAAGUUCAAGUGGUUAAAAACAGUACAGACACUAUUUUGAGGUACAGCACUUGAAGUGAUUAAAUCAUCACUAAAACUAUUGGUAGAAGAAGAAGUUGAACUGGUGAAAUAGUACAGAAACUGCUAAUUGGUAAAGUACAUACAAGAGUGGUCAAGUACAUACAAUAGGUGAAGCUCUUGAAGUGGCUAGUAACAGUAUACAAUCUAAUUUUUUGUGUAGAGUAAUAUAUACUCUAAACUUUUUAACAAUUAACAUACAAUAAUGUUACAAUUGGCACAAUGCAAAGUUCACCCAAAAAGGCGAUAUACAUAUAAAUUUGAUUGUAUUCCAUUUUAAUAAUAUUACUGUACAUGUUGUUUAUGGUUGAAGGCUUCGUAACUUGCAAUGAUAUUCUUAGUUAACGGGGAAUUUUUAACCAAAACCUUGAUCGCGUAAAAAUUUAGAAAGUUUUGGUUUAUUGUAAUUGUGGUAGCAAAUUUGGAUUUUGCAAUCAAUUUUAUUUCCACACAAACAAAAUAAGAUGAAAUAAUAUAGCCCAGAUAUAACUUGAAAAAUAUAACGAUUAAUGAUUGAACAACCUACAAGUGCCUAUAAAAGCCUGCAAGUGCAUAUUAAUAAAAAUAACAUUAACUUGGAAACUAUAUCUACAUAAGAGUUUUGGAGAUUGAAGAUUGAAUUAAAGAUUAAAAGAUAAGAGUAAUUGAUAAACAAAUUAAAAUAAAAUCUAUUAAGAUUAACAUAUGAAAAAAUUGAUAAGAUUAGCAACUAAACAACUAAUAACUUCAUUCAUUAUACUUGAUUAACUGACAUAUUUUAUUGUUUGACCAUAAUUAAUCUCCAUUUUUACGCGAUCAAAUCAAAUCAAAAUUUUUAUUCACAAUUCAAACAAUUGAGGGUCCUACUUAACCCGAAGGUUUUUCGGCUGGUGCCCAGUUACAAAAAAAUACGAGUUACAAAGAUAAAUAAACUUGGACAAAAUAAAUAUUACACUUUAAAGAUUCAAGUUUGGUUUGAAGAUUUAAAUCGAAAGAUAAGUUUGAGCGCUUGGACCCGAUUCAGUAGCAAAUGAAGCUAUUAGUAGGUAGAGUAGGUAGAUUGAAGGAUGUAGACUUUGCGAAGUGAGUUUAGACUUAUUAGAGACACGUGUUGAGAGGUUCUCAUGAAGAUUACUUGUCUAUAGAUUUUAAGUCUAAAGAUCUUGUCUAAAGUGUUGAAUUUAAGUAAAACUUAAUUCAAGCUAGACAGUCUUUGAGCUAAGAAUUUUGUUUUUUAAUGUAAAGGUGAAGUUUUCCUUGGAUGAUGAAAUGUUGAACCUGAAAGUUAAUGAAGUUUCAAUAACAAUAAUUGGUAUGGAUCUGGAGUGUAGACUUCAAGUCUUAAGUGUACCUGUAGGCCUACCUGAAUGUACUGUACGUCUAAAAAUAGAAGAUUCUUUAAUAGAAUGGAAUAGAACGCAACUGUUGACAGUAAUAAUUUUUGAACAAAUUGAACUAACAAAGAACAAUGUGUAUGUAAUAGAGUAGUCCUUGUCUACUAUAUACCUUCAUUACUGUCAGCUGUAACAUGUUUAUGGAGCAUGCUUCUUUACAAAAAUCACAUGACCUGUAAGUUCACUUGAAAGUAGACUUCUAUAGUGUGGUCCACGUUAUAAUGUCAGUAUUUUAUUAACAUUGGUAUAGCUAUCCUUGUCUAUCAUUCGACAAAGCAGAUAGCCCUUUUCUUUUCUACCUCCGCAACGCUAUCUUUUUCAACAAUGUAGAAAUCAUAAUCUUUAAUCUCAAUCAUUAUCAAAAUUUAUUAUUAAACCAUUAAAAAAUUAAUUUUCGAGACGAAUAAAAUAAAAUUGAUCAUUUUCAAUAAGGUUAAUAUUACAUCAGAUAUACCGUCAUCAGCUAUACUUUAUAGAAGACAGUGGUAAGGAAGGGAAUCGGCAACGCGGUUCUGUUAUUUUUCUCUACUCCCAUUAUAACGUAAACCUCACUAAAGACUAGAAGAAAGCUCUUCUUGUGAUCUUUGAGAUUGCAAUAUUAAUAAUUGGAAGAUAACAAGGACUUGAAAUGUCGUUGAGUAUAGACUAGAAAUGUACUAUUGAAGAAAGUACAUUCCAAGGUGGCUGGCUACAUGGAUGGCACAAUAGAUCUACUAAAUUAUUGUAAGAACUCAAAGCUAAAAGUCAAAUUAUGUAUUAUCAAUAAAUCUCGGCCAAAAAUAAUAGUCGAUGAAUACCUUAAUUAGUACUUCAGUACUGUAAUUAUAAACUGUUAAAUCAUUCAAAUAGUCAGAUCCAUAAAAACGCUCAUGUAAAUUCUUUACAUUUGUGUUUAUAAAAUCUUCAGAUCAUAGUUCACACUUAAAACGUGUGGAUUACAUUCUUUUGUUACUUCUAUGAAGUAAAAUUAUGAAGAAAUGUAUAAUAAUUACAUUAUCACAUUACAUUAUUCAAGAAGUAAUGUUUGUACUAUUUGAUUUUGUUUUUGACACCAUUUUUGCAUUUGAUUAUAUUUGUAAGUUUAAAUAAUUAUUGUAAAAUAUUGUUGUCCACACUAAAGAGCAUCAGUGGUGUUGUUUGUUAAUAGCACUAUUUUUUGUAUGUUAACUGAAGAUUAAAGAGAGCAAUUAUUAA